UGUACCUGUAUGGAGAAUGUGCUACAGCGGGUUGACGGCGAUGUACAACUAGCAUCUAUUGAUAGCCGCAAAGAAACUGCAAGCUGAUGCACCUCUGGCCGGAUUUGGGUUCCUUAGGCUGUGCAUGGUAAGGCGAGCGUGCGCAAACAGUGCACAGCAGAUGUUCUACAACAUCCGAGGGUACACUGCACAAAAAAAGAAGAUGAAAGAGGUCUGCAAGGAAGCUGGGCAUGAUGGUCAAAAAGGACCCUUCAUUCCAUUUUUAGUGCUGUAUAGCUUGCUUGCUUGGCAUGAAGGCAAGAUCGAGGAUUUGAAAAAAACCGACAAUCGUACAGCAUCUCGCACACCCUCCAUAGGGUGUGCGUUAUCUUUUUCCUGUUUGUCACAUGGAUGCCACACAGAGAGCGAGCCUGGCGACUACUUACACGCUUCGAACGGGAGAGGUAUCCAUCUUAGCGGACCCCGUAAUAAGAUAUACUAUUCUUGUACGUCUAUGCACGCGCCAAUCGCUAUACUCGGCGAACGGCCGCUGGAAAUGGGAGGGAAGAAAAAAAAAAGGAGGGUAGCAUUGACGCAGAUUGGACAAUAUAGAGAGAUGAUGGGGCAGCUUGUCCACUUUUGGCUGCCUUUGCAUCAUGCCUCCAGAUGGUCCGACGGCGCCCAAGCUCGAUUUGAGACGAGACGAACAGCUGGGCUGGGCUUCAAGGGCAGGACCCCCGGCGAUGGGUAUCUGCUGUGUCAUCGGCUAAGCAGCGUUGCCCUCCCCUUUCCCAGCUCGCAACCAUGCGACGGCGCUCUUUAGCGGCUGGGUCCAUCUCAGAAGGCGUACAUGGACUGAGCGGUGGCUCGUUGGCCUCCUUCUAAAUUUCAAGAUGCACGGCUGGAGGCUUCACGACAUGGAGAGCGGCUGACGGCUUGGAAAAUUACGAA